ACUCAGCGACCAGCGACCAGCGACACAACCACUCCAGUCUGUGAUCCGGCGAAAAUCAGUCACCAUGGUCAACAUUCCAAAAACCCGCCGGACCUACUGCAAGGGCAAGGACUGCAAGAAGCACACCCAGCACAGAGUCACCCAAUACAAGGCAGGCAAGGCCUCGCUAUUCGCCCAGGGUAAGCGUCGUUAUGAUCGCAAACAGAGUGGUUAUGGUGGUCAGACCAAGCCUGUGUUCAGGAAGAAGGCAAAGACCACCAAGAAGAUCGUCCUCCGAAUGGAAUGCACAGUCUGCAAGACCAAGGCACAGCUCGCCCUGAAGCGAUGCAAGCACUUCGAGCUUGGUGGUGACAAGAAGACCAAGGGUGCCGCCCUUGUUUUCUAAACGGCAAAAGGAAAUAAAAUAUAAAACGAAUGAAAUACCUUCUUCAACCACCUCUCUCUCGAUGGCAUUCUUCUUCGAAUUUUUUU